AUGAUUGGUCUUUCCAAGUGCGGGAAGCGGCAAGCAUAUGGUCUGGAAACAUUUGGUAUCCAAACGCUGCCAGCCAAAACGUCCCUCUCCCGGGCCGGAGAGGCCCGUCAUCGCCGCAUACCCAUGGUCUCUUGCCUGUCUCUGGGCAUCUCUGGCCACGUCCGCCCCGGCCCCCGAAAGGCCCGGCUCUUGGCCGCUCUGCCGUGGUGUGGCGACUGCCUCUACAAAAAGUUUUUGGUUUUUGUUGUUGUUGUUUUGAGACGGAGUCUCCCUCUGUCGCCCAGGCUGGAGUGCAGUGGCACAAUCUCGGCUCACUGCAACCUCCGCCUCCCGGGUUCAAGCGAUUCUCCUGCCUCAAACUCCCGUCCCCUCUCCCCUCUCCCCUCCCCCUCUCGCCUCCCCUCCUCCCCUCCUGAGGCUCUGUUGCCCAACCUCCGCCUCCCGGAUUCAAGCCAUUCUCCCUGCCUCAGCAUCCCCAGUAGCUGGGAUUACAGGCACCCAGCACAAUGCCCAGCUAAGUUUUGUAUUUUUAGUAGAGAUGCAGUUUUGCCAUGUUGGCCAGGCUGGUCUCGAACUCCUGACCUUAGGUGAUACACCCACCUCGGCCUCCCAAAGUGCUGGGAUUAUAGGCGUGAGCCACUGUGCCCAGCCUAGAACCAUUUUCAACAACAAAAGACUCAACACAUUCAUGCUUCCAUGCGACAUGGCA